AUGAACAAUUAAAGAGCAACUAAAAAUCUUUGGAGAGAAUUUAUGAGAAUUAGUAAUAAAUAGCUAAAAAAAAUCAAUGAUAAGGAUUUCACUGAGUUCGUAAGAAGUUUAAAGUACUCGGAAAGAGGAUUAAAAACUAUUAAGUAGUUAUCUAAAUGUAGUGAAAAUGUGAAGGAAAAAAGAUUAGCAGAAAAAUACAUAACGCAAAUAAUUAACCAACUAAAAAUAUAAAAAAUUAUAGUCAAAAGAACUGGUAUUCCUAAUGGUGUCGAAUAGGCAUUAUGCCUUUAUAUAAAAUUUUAUGAUAUCAUCUCUUAAGAUUGA